AGCGGGGACACGGUCGAGAACGUACAUUUUUGCCAUUCGGCUCUUGAAGAAGUAGCGCGUAGGCGGCGACACGGCGAGUGGCCCCGUUCCUGUCCGGUGGCACUCCCGUCACGCUGUUAACCAUACGAGCGAAAGCAAAACCUUAUCCACCUCAGCGUUAAAUACCCUAGGUACCCUUGACCCCGCACUAUGACUGUUGCCUGAGCUCAACGCAUACUGCAGCAACGAAUGAUUCCUGACUUUCAUCAAGAUGUCUCUUGUGGGAAAUCACCCUCCUUCCACUUCCACCGAUGUCCUCAAUAAAAGCGAUGUUGAGGACGUCGUCGAUGAGUCUUCGCCCCCAUCAUCUCAGCCAGGCGGUACCAAAGAAGGUACAACUUCAGUGAAUGAAACAAAGAAUACCGAUCCAGCAAAGACCCAAGAAGCUAAAAUAACACGAGUCCCUCCCGAAGAAUGGCGACGAGUCAAAAAGGGGCGCAAACUCGACCUGGACCAAAGCGUUCUCAUUACCUCAUCCAAGGUGAAUGUCAAGGCCAACCUACGGAAGCUGCGACGGGAAAGUGCGAUAAGAAAGAAAAAAGGUGAAUCUUCUCAAAAUGCAGAGGUGUCUCAGCAGCUAGACGUGCCUUAUCGACUCGCCAUCAAUUCCCAGUACCUUUUGCACGCCCUAGGGGAAUGUAUCGGGGAGGAGCUUACCGAGACUCAAAACGUUUUUGUACGUCCGUUCAAGUAUCUUGUAGGGCAUGAAGCGGAGAUACGACAGUUCUAUGCCGAUCUUGAGUCAGCCUACGACCAAGCCGAAGCUGAUGCCCAGGCUGAAGUCGUUCAAGAAAAAGAGACGUCAGAAGAUGAAAUCUCGGCUGAGACGGAGCAUGAGACACUGAGGGAGAUAGCGGAUCGCGCUAAACGACAGAGGGACGAGUUUCGGUGUCUUAUAGAGUUCAUGGAUCACGACAUGGCAGAUAUAUUUGACGUCAAGCGCCAGAUCUCCAACAAGACCAUAACAGAAAUCGCUUUUGAGAACCUAUGGCAGCUCUUUCGACCGGGUCAGACAUCGUACCUCUUCCAAAAUCGGGAUGAUCACCGUCGAUGCCAGGCAUUGCAGAUCCUUCACGUCACCGGAGGCCGUGAAGUGUUUGACUCUGGCAAGAAGUGCUCUUUCGACCCAGUGCGCGAUAGAGAAUGGGAUUCGGAGACUGAGUCAGAGGAAAGAUGCCGGGAUAUUGUCAAAGCCUCGGACCACGAAAGCACCAGUUUCAUCAUCGACUCCUUCCACAUCGACUUCGACGGUUUCCGGAUGGGUCCAAGACCAAAGCGUUUCGUCAUUUCGCGCUACGUUGGGGCACGCCCCGUCAAAAUAUUGCCGCUGUAUCCAUCUUUUCUCCACCCUAAUGAUUCACAAGUUCAGGAGAUACUCCUUCAUCGGGGAAAGAAGUUCACAGAACUGGCGACCGGAACACACAGGAAAUAUGACGGGUUUACCAUUCGAGAGUCUAAUCAGACAACACGCGGUUUUUACAACUAUGUGAUAGCUGACACCGAGGUAUGA